GAUUCAUAGAGAGAGCCUUACUCUAUCUAAUCCCAUGCUAUACCUGUGCUGGAGUAUUUCAUAUGAGUGAUUGGUUUAAUGUUCUUUGUCAUGAAUGAAUCAAAGAACUGAAGGCCUUUUUCUCUGCCAACAGUUGGUCUGUACUCACGUGAUGUGGUGCGUAGGGGUCUGCGAUCAUCACUGUAUUUACGGGUGUCUGGUGAGGAGCAGGAGACCAAACAGCGCCCUCAGAGCUCUCAGAUGUACACAGCGACCCAAGAAUCCUACUCCAGCAGCCAAUCUGAUCAGAACGGGGAGAAGGCAGAGGGCUUUGAAUCUGAGGAACAGCUGAGGCAGCAGCUCCUAUCUGCAGCUCUGGAAUUUGUCCCCGUGUAUGGCUGGUCGGUGGAGGCCAUUGCAGAAGGGGCCAAGGUGUUGGAUCUGUCACCGGCACUGACUGGGAUGUUCCGUCAUGGUCCUGGGGAGUUGGUUCUACACUUUGUGUCUCAGUGUAACAAGCAACUCUCUGAACAAUUGAGUGAUCAAUACCAAAAGGUGCAGCUGGGAGACCAGGAAGCCAAGCAGACGGACAGGUUUCUCAAGGAUGCAGUGGAGGCAAGGUUACGCAUGCUGAUCCCCUAUAUUGACAGCUGGCCACAGGCAAUGAGUAUUUUACUGCUGCCCCAAAACAUUGCGGAGAGUUUGAGGAGCUUAACGGAGAUGGUGGAUGAGAUCUGGUACUAUGCAGGAGACAGGUCCAUAGACUCGAGCUGGUACACCAAGCGAGCUAUCUUGGCUGGAAUCUACAACACGACAGAGCUGGUGCUGCUUCAGGAUUCUUCCCCGGAUUAUGAAGAUACCUGGAACUUCCUGGAAAACCGUGUUCAUGAUGCUACCAACAUGGCCCAUUCUGCCAAACAGUUAAAGAACCUGAGCGGCAUUGGCCAGCACCGAUGAGCAGCAUGCGGGUAUCAUGACAAACAACGUCUAGACCUGGCACCAUGCAGACCUUGUUUGAGGAGAGGCUGCACACUGUGUAUAUGUCUGUCUGUCUGUGUGUGUGUGUGUGAACACAGUGUAUACGUGUGAGUGGGUGUGCAAUGAGUGUGUGUUCAAAUAAAGAGCAAUCAAUGAGAAAAUAAC